GGGUUGGUGGGGGGGGUCAGAGCAACUUGGUUUGCAAGUUCUUCGCUUAGAAGUUUGUAAUAUUUUCUAUUUUUAGAAAAAUGGUAAACAACUUCCGAACCAAGUCGAAGACUUGAUGUAUCAUCGGAACUCUCUGGAACUUGAAAAUAGUUUUCAGAUCCGACGGUCAAGGGGUUUCCACCUUCCCCUUUCUAGAGGAAAUAGAAAAUUGCAGAAGAAGUUUGAAGGCACAGUAACUGCUUCCUUGAUAAGAUGUUUAAGUGCACAGUGUAUACAUACAUAUAUACAUAUAUAUAUCUAUAUAUAUAUAUUUUUACUCCAUCCAAUGAGAGGAACCCAACCACAGAGCUACUGCAACAGCUUUCAGUGUAAUUUCUCAACAAUCAGCAGAGCAUUUCCAUUUUAGGAGGAGGAAUGAAUACCAAUUCUUCUUCGAUGACGAGGGCAAAGGAUACAGAGCGAAUUAAAGGUUACGGAUUUCAUCCAACUAACGAAGAACUCAUCAAUCAUUAUCUGCAGAAGAAGAUGCUUGGUUAUGAGAACCAAGUCUCAGCCAUUGCUGAGGUUGAUAUCUGCAAACACGAACCAUGGGAUUUGCCCAUGUUGUCGAAGGUAUCAUCGAAUAAUUAUACAUGGUAUUUCUUCGGACGUCCUGAUUAUAAGUACCGAAAUAGUAAUCGGGCAAACAGGAAAACAAAAGAUGGUUACUGGAAAGUGACCGGUAAAUGUCGUAGUAUCAAGAACAGAGCCAACAACAAAACCAUUGGUAUCAAGAAAAACUUGGUAUUCUACCGUGGUCGUGUGCCCAAAGGAGUCAAGACUAAUUGGGUAAUUCAUGAGUACCAUCCAAAUUUCUCCUCUGCUAAUGGGAGGGAUUUUACUAUAUGUCGCCUGAAACAAAAAUCACGCGACAAGAUCGACAAUUCAACUAUCGAUAUAGGUGAAUCAUGUAAUGAUGCAACUUCAAACCUCAAAAAUCCUGUGACUGAGAUAACAUUCUCAGAGAUAGACCUGCAAGUCCUAGAAGAAUUCUUUGGCUCCAAUGAAGAGGAUUUCAAUCCUCCUGAUGCACACCAGUCGGAGCUGUGCAUGGAGCAAGGCCCCUCAGUUGGGAAUUUACAAAAUACCAACAACUUUAUUGAUAACUAUAAUCUGCUUUCACCUCAAUUUGGCACUAGUGAUCUGCAAGACAAUACUACAAAGUGGAUGAAUUCAUCUACUGCUAACCAAGAUGUAUACUCCAUUGAUGGAAGUAUGCCUGCUCUGCCUUAUGACUCCAGCCCAUCAGAGUCAUUUGGCAGUCUGCUUGUUGACGAUGACGCAUGGGUAAAUAGCUGUUUUGAACCAGCUUUUGGAGGCUAGACUUAGCUUAUCUUAUUGUGAACAUAUAAUUUGACCACUGAAGUGAUAUAUAUAUAUAUAUAUAUAUAUAUAUAUAUAUAUAUAUAUAUAUAUAUAGGCAUUGAUCUCAUAUUGUCUCAACGUACCGAUGUUGUUACGGAUCAUUAGUUGAACCUAAAAUUACUAUGUUUAUUUAGAGUCUAAAGAAGAUGUAUAGACUUUUAAGUCUUUGUUGUUGAAUGACUGUACAGGGAAUGUUCCCUGCUCUACCCAACAAGAUUUGUAUUACUGUAUUUAGUGUUUUUGUCCAUCUGUUGAUUGAAAAAUUCUACUUAAUUGCAGAACAGCACGCUCUGUUCUU